AUGCCUUCCCUUGCCGACUUAGGAGUCAUGGACCACAUGAGCAGAUCAGAGGAUGACAUGGAUGACAACUCGUCAACAUGCUCCUACUACUCUCUGUCAGACGUGGAGGACAUCUCUUUCAAGAAGAUCCCUGCACAUGAGGUGCGAAAGCAAAGCGAGCAUGUUCCUGAGUGCAGUCCUUGGGCCACGUACCCUCACACCUUUCGCAACAGCGAGGCACUACCACUAAAGGACCCAGGACCAGCGAGGGUCAUUAUCAAUCCGUCUGUCCCUGGUGGACAUGACGUUAUUUAUCAUCCCAGCAAGCGAGAAGGGAGAUUUUUUUCAGGCGAAGUACCGACCUAG